AAAAAAUAAGAAAUAAAAAACAUUUGGUAAAAUAAGGAAGAAUUAGUGGAGAAAAAUUGCAUAUAUUUUUAAACCGGAUGGCGCUUUCGUUUCUAUCGCAAAGUUCCGGUCUGUUGGAUUUACACAGCAUAUUUGAUCCGCAAUAUUCAAUACAACAACAACAACAACCGCAUCAGCAGCAGCAACAACUGCAAAUUCAUUUAUCAUCAGACCAACAAGAACAACUACAACAACAGCGCACUUCAACGAAAUUUGAUCUAAGCAUAUUCAACGAUUUCGACCAAAUGGAAUUCAACAACAACUUGAAUCGAAAUCAUCAUAAUCAGUAUCCGAAUAAUAAUAAUAACAAUAACAGCAAUAGCAAUAAUAAUAAUACUAUCAACAAUAACAAUACCAAUAACAACAACAACAACAACAUUCAUACGCACCAAACUAACGGAGAAAAUCUUAGUCAGAUCCAAAAUAGUCAUUUCAUUAGCGGCUAUCAUCAUCAGCAUAUUGGGUCGGAUUAUGAGCCAGUGAUUAACUUUGUUGAUUCACCGCCAAACUCUGAGGAAUCUUGGACAGACGGACAGUCCAAGGAUUCACCAGGACCGCAAAUUAUCGACGUAAGGACAAUUUACUCAGACAGUGGUUCGCGCAAAAGACGAAUGGAUUGGUACUCAUUGGACAUUGGUCAAAGUGAAAAUUCACCGACAACUCAAUCAGGCGAAAUACCCAAUAAGGUGGCACAUCACGAGAAAGAUAAACAUAAACGUGAAAAGCAUUCAGGUCGUAGCAGCUGGAGCGACGAUAUAGGCUUUGAUCUGAACGCUGAGUUUAACAGUAACUCGUAUUUGAACAAUGAAAACUUUUUAUCGUUCUCCCCGAGCCUGACGGCACUUAAACAGGAGCCGCAAACGGAGCAGCUCAAACCGAACGCAAAGAUAUCAUUGGAUAGCGGCAGCGCCGGCUCCGCAAUUGGCAAAAGUGACAAAUCGCCAUUGGGCGAGGCAAAUCACUCACCACAGCGAGCGGGUCAGGAGAUUGCAGCGGCAGCGGCAUCAGGAAUUGGAGGCGGGGCACUUGCCGAAGCUGGCGGAAAGCAUGAGUUGAACACCGUCAACAUUUGUGGCUGUGGCUCGCCGCAAGGCUCGCCCGCCGCAGCGGAUUUUGAAUUGAAUUGCAGUGGCAAUGGUAACGAAGCCGCAUCGGCUGAGAUAACCCGAACUGCAUCUGGCCGUGAGGCCUUUGCACAGGCGCCGCGCUCUGGACUGCAGCAGCAGCUGAGCGUUGUCGAGGCGGCCAAAAUAGAGCCCUGCCUGUCGGGCGCUGCUUCUCAUGCAGAGGAUCAUAAUUUGCAGAGCGUUAUCAAAAUCUGUUUCCAUGAGCGCCGUUUGCAGUUCAUGGAACGCGAACAGAUGCAGCAAUGGCAGGCAUCGCGUCCAGGUGAUCGAAUUAUCGAGGUAGAUGUACCAUUAUCGUAUGGCCUGUGCCAUGUGUCGCAGCCAUUGAGUGCGAACGCAUUGAAUACGGUUGAGAUCUUUUGGGAUCCAUUGAAGGAGGUCGGUGUUUACAUCAAGGUUAAUUGCAUUUCGACCGAAUUUACACCAAAGAAGCACGGUGGUGAAAAGGGUGUACCAUUUCGGCUACAAAUUGAAACCUAUAUAGAAAACACAACAACUGCUAACGCAAGCAAUACAACUAGCAACAACAACAACAACAACAACAACAACAACAACGGAUCGGGCAUUACCUCGCCGGGUCAGACACCGGUAAAUGGCAAACAGGCAGUGCAUGCAGCUGCCUGUCAGAUAAAGGUCUUCAAGCUGAAGGGCGCUGAUCGCAAGCAUAAACAGGAUCGCGAGAAGAUCCAGAAGCGUCCACAGUCCGAGCAGGACAAGUUUCAGCCCAGCUACGAGUGCACCAUCAUGAACGAUAUAUCAUUGGAUUUGAUAACGCCAGCCACUACAACUGGCUGCUACAGUCCUGAAUAUAUGAAAUUGUGGCCAAAUUCGCCGGUUCAUAUACCAAAAUAUGAUGGAAUGCUGCCAUUUGCCAGCAGCGCAUCGCCGGCGGCCAGCAGCAGCCCAAUUGCUAUCAAUUCGGUGACAUCCACAAAUUCGCCAACAUUGAAACUGAUGGAUGCCACAAACAUGGUGUCGCCGCAGCAUGUGCCAGCGGAUAUGGAUGAUUAUAAUCAGAAUAUAAUGCCAGAAUCAACGCCCGCACAAGUCACACAAUGGCUCACGCAUCAUCGUCUGACGGCCUACCUCAACACCUUUACCCAUUUCUCUGGGGCGGAUAUUAUGCGCAUGUCCAAAGAGGAUCUAAUACAAAUCUGUGGACUCGCCGAUGGCAUACGCAUGUUUAAUAUAUUGCGCGCCAAAUCCAUUUCGCCUCGUCUGACGCUCUAUGCCAGCAUGGAUGGCUGCAGCUACAAUGCCAUCUACUUGCUCUCUAAUACGGCCAAGGAGCUGCAGCAGAAGAUCUAUAAGCUGCCCGGUUUCUAUGAGUUCAUGGCCAAGGGCGGCUCGUCAGGCCUCUUGGAAAAUGGCAGCAAUCUGCCAACUGCCGCAGCAGCAGCGGCGGCGGCGGCUGCUGCCGCUCUAUGCAACAAUUGGGGCAUGCACUCGAAAUAUUCGGGCAGCGGCUCGAACAUCUUCAACGAGGUGAACAAGAGCAGCGUCUACAUAUCGGGGCCAUCGGGCAUACUUGUCAGCGUCAGCGAUGAGGUGCUCAACAAUGAGGUGAAGGACGGCAGUCUCUAUGCCCUGGAUGUGCAGGGUGGCAAGGUUAUAUUGAAGCUGAUCAAUAAGCAGGAUAACAAUUAAACCAAAAUUGUCUAUCGAAGCUUCAGAACUAGUUGUAGAAAUGCUAUUGUUGCCUGGUACAAACAGAUUAACCAUGAUAAAGAAAAGUAUAUUAUUUAGCAUUUAAAUUGAGCUAUAUCAAACAAAUGUUAUGAGUAACACACACGCAUAUUACAGUUCUUUUUCACACACAUACACACACAGGGCCAUACAUACAAAUAUCUAUGUAUGCUCCUAUUUCUAUAUAAGUUUCAAUUUGUAUGAGAUUUCGCGCAGCAAUUUUGAACAAGUAGCCACAUUUUCUUUAAGAGUUUCCGUUUUUAUCCCUGCUUGCGUUCCCAUUUGAUCCGACAUCAAAAUUAAAAACAAAAAUUGCAAGAA